AUGGCACCUGCUGUAGUAAACACCCAGCCAAUUAAUGCCCCCGAGCUUGAAAGAGCCAAGCCCCAUACCGGAGAGAUCAAGGUCCAGGACCUUAGAGUACCAACAAAGAGCUUGGAAUAUGCAGAUGGGGAUCUUGGGCCGAAGAGAGACAUUAUCAUCUUCUCAGAUUUCGAUGGCACCAUUUUCAUGCAAGACACUGGACAUAUCUUGUUUGAUGCCCAUGGCUGUGGUGCCAAGAGGAGAGAGGAGUUGGACGAGGAGAUUAAGAAUGGUGUAAGGUCAUUCCGUGAAGUCUCCGAGGAGAUGUGGGGAAGUUUGAACGUUCCGUUCGACGAUGGCUUCGAUGUCAUGAAGGGAGCUCUGGAGAUCGACCCUGCGUUCCUCGAGUUCCACAACUUUUGUAUCAAGAACAACAUCCCAUUCAACGUCAUUUCGGCCGGCUUGAAGCCAAUCCUUCGCCGCGUUCUCGAUGAGUUCCUGGGAAAGAAACAGUCGAAAUUCAUCGAUAUUAUCGCGAACGACGCCACAAUCAGUGCAGAUGGAUCACAGUGGAAGCCAGUCUGGCGCCAUGAUACCCCACUCGGUCACGAUAAAGCAGCUUCAAUCCAGGAAUACCGAACUAUCGCCUCCUCAGAAAGUGAGGACGGAUCAUGCCCUCUAAUUAUCUUUGUCGGAGAUGGCGUUUCAGAUCUUGCAGCGGCCCGUGAAGCAGACGUCCUUUUUGCUAGAAGAGGAUUGAGACUUGAGGAGUACUGCAGGGACAAUAAGAUCCCGUAUAUUGCUUUCGAUACCUUUGCCGAUAUUCAGAAGGAGAUUAUCAACAUCACCCGGGAGGACCAGAAGGUUACCAAAGGUUAUGGAAAACCUGUCCAGUACAACCCUCGCGCCAACUUUUGGAGAAAAGCCAUCAAGAAGAAGGCGGUACCUCGCUUUGUCCGAAAUGCUUCGAAAGAGGACAAGCUACAUCUCUGGCCCGAGACGUUUUCCGUCAAGGAGCCUGCGGCCAAGGAUUCUACCGCUUCAUCAAGUGCUGAGCCAGCCACCUCCCAGUAA